AUGACACGUAUUCUUGAAAUAGAUUUGGUACCUUUCCACUUCAUGGGAGUGAGAACGAAAGAGGAAGAAGAAGAAGAGAAGAACAAGAAAGAAAAAGAAGAGGAAGAAGAAGAACAAGAAAAGAAACGAAAAGAAGAAAAAGAGGAAGAAGAAAGGAAGAAAAAGAACAAUGCUAACAGGGAACACACUCUGAAUGUCAACUUAGCAGACAUUGAUUUGAAUGUAAGAUAUCUCAAAUCUUGA